AGUCCAUUAGCGAUAGUUGAGAAUUUUUUGUGUUUUGUGAAAUAAGAAUUAAGAAAUUGGCGAUUGGAAAGUAUUUCCUUAUAAUAUGUUGAUAUGGUUUGUUUAUCAAAACCGCCGUACCAUUGAUACGAGACAUGUAUUUUAAAGUGAAAAAUAACUUCUUACUAUAUGAUUCGUAAGAGUGAAACGUUUAAAACGCCAAAGAACAUAAACUCUUGUUACGGAAUAGUUAAAGAUGUUUGCAAGUCUAAAGAGUAAAAUAAAAGAAGAAACUGGUAGCGACAUUAGCAAAUUGACGAGUAGUUGGCGUAGUGGGGCUUUUUUGGGAAGAAUUACCCUAAGAGAUGAUUCCUCUACCACAACAAGUCCUUCAAGUUCUGGUGGACGGGGUGACACUACAUCAGACUCAAUAUCUCCACAACUCCACACAUACUUGUCGGAGCGCACUGCCGGCGAGGUGGACCAGGCGGCGCUCCAGCAGCAAUAUGUUGAUCAGCUAGAAACCAAGUUAAAAGAUAGGGAUUUGUACUGGGAACAGAAAAUUGAGGAGCUAAAGUUGUCUUUGGCAUCUGUACAAGGUGAAGAGGCGCUCGUCGCGCAGGCGGUGGCGCGCACGGCCCAGGCGGAGGCCACGCAGGCGAUCACAGCGCGCGAAGCGGCCGAGAAACAACUCAACGAGCUUAGAGCCAGGCUCGCCGCUGCUGAGAACGCGCAGGACAAACUCGAUGCUCUUACUGAGGAGGUAGAGCAGAGCCGGCGCGAGUGGGCGCGCGAGCGCAUCGAGCUGACGGCGGCGCUGGGCGCGGCCGACGCGCGCGCGCGCGACCUCGCCGACCAGCUCGAACUGCUCAAGGCCGCGCUGCCUCCCGAAAACCCACACCAUCAUAUGCAGGAUGACGACAAGCGAGAAGUGACGCGGACCGGCUGCGAUGCGUUCGACCGCGUGUGCCGCGAGAGGGCGGUGCUGUCGCGCCAGCUGCAGGAGGCCAAGAUGGCGCUGGCAGACGUCAAGACGUCGUGGAGCGGGCAGAUCGCGACGCUCGAGACACAGGUGGCGCGAGUGUCGCGGCAAGCAGGCGAAGAGGGAACGGAGAGACGGAGGGUCGAGGCGGAGAAAAGGGAAUUGCAAGAGAAACUGGCCAGCAUGGCCGCUGAGUUGGACAAAACUAAGCAGAACCUCGCCAAUAGUGAAGCUAAGGUGGCGCGGCUCAACGCGGAGGUGCAGGCGCAGGCGCGAGACCUCAAAGCCCUCCGCGCCGCCGACGAGCGCUCCGCCGAAAUGACGGCUGACUUUGAGAAACGCAUCGAGGACCUGACCGAAGAAAAUAGAGCACUAGCCGAGGCGUUGGAAAAUGAAAGGACUCUCGUGAAAAUUCUUCGGGAAAAGGUGGAGAAGUCUCAUCGGUUGUACGACGAGCAGAAAGCUGAAGUGAACCAACUCAACUCCAUGAUGACUGACAUGCAACAUGACUACAUCGAUAUACAAAGGAAGUUUGAUAAGGAAAAAAGGGAAAAGGACGAAGCUCUGCUGCGGAACGCGCACAUGUCGCAGAACGUUGAGAUGAGCCAGUGCAACGUGCGCUACCUGGAGACUGAAGUCGUGGAUCUGAAAGCCAAAAUCACUGAGUUGGAGGCUGUUAUCGCGCAACACAAAGAGAAUCAAGCCGAAUGUAUGAUAAUUAAAGAAAACGAGGCCGCUAGAACAAAAGAAAUGGAGCAGCUACAGAGAAGAAUCGAAUCCUUCGCCGAAACCGAAGCUGCUCUUAGAAAAUCCAUGCAAGACUUAGAAACUGAAAUCUGUGAUAAAAAUAAGAAAAUUAAAACAUUAGACAAUCGGAUAUCGGACAUGAAAAAAACGUUACAGCGCGAGCUGCAGAGCAGUAAGUCGGACCUCAGCUCCGCCGAGGAACAAGAUAUAAGUAGACGAUAUCUAAAACACGUGGUGCUACGUUUCCUCACGGCGCGCGAGCUGGAAGCGCGGCAGCUGACGCGCGCGCUCGCCGUGCUGCUGCGCCUCUCCUCGCACGAGGAGGCGUUACUGCGGGCCGCCCUGCCCGGCCGCAGCGGCCUGUCCGCCUGGUUCCCCUCCCUCAACACUUGAUCCCAUACCCCGUGUACACACCAUCGUGUACGUAGCAUACAUUGACGAUAUUAACUAGUUCUAAUGACGCGUGCGACUGAGAUCAAGUUCUAGUACGCUCAUCGGUACGCUCUGUAAGCAUUACUUACAGAGCGUACCGAUGACGAUUAAUAACUCAGACAAAGAAUUAAGGUGGGCAUUGUCAUCAAAAUAAUAAUAGGUACCUUGUUAGAGCAAGCCUAAGUAUGGAAAAGCUCUGAAGAGUGAUAAAAACACAUGUUUUGUCUGUCAUAAUAGCUUUUCUUUUAGCCUCUGUGAUAGUAAUGAGUUUUUAUUUAGUUUUCUGUUUUAAAUUUAGUGUUGAAGGUGUGUAGAAAGCUUCUUUGUGGUACGUUACUGUGUGAUCGGCUGUAACUGUCGUAGCGAGCGCAAAAUAAGGAACAUAGCCUUUCAUUUGUAAAUAUUAUUUGUUUUGUCCUUUGCGGGUAUAUGCGUAUGACAAGUCCACCUUGAUUCUUUGUCUGAGAUAAAUAAUAACCAGGUACACACACGUAGGUUAAUAUAUCGUUCGUGGUGGAUACUGUUUUUAAACUGGCUUUAUGGCUCUUGGUUCUAGCCCUUUUGACCCUGGUAGUAUAUUUUCUCAAUACCCGUGAGCUUAAAGCGUGACAGCUAACUCUCCUCCCCGCUUACGAGGAAAUAUUACUGCGAACCGCCUUAACCGCUCACGUAUGCUACGUACAUUAUUACGCAGUAUACAUUGACGAUAUUAACUAGUUGUAAUGAACUUGAACGUGGCGCGUGUGACUCAGAUCAAAUUCAAGUAAUGCUUACAGGCACAAACAAUAAUAGGCUGAGAUCUUUAGACCGUACUCUGACUUUGCUCAGACUUAAGUUUCCGUUAAAACGAGACAGAUUUAUGUCAGCACUAUAACGCCGUCUCGUUUUAACAAUGUCUUAAGUCUGUGCAAAGACAAAUCAUCAUAUUGAUCAGCCUUAGCAUAACGAUGCAAGUGGUGGAGCGGCGUGUUGCAAAUGUAUAAGGUACACGUGUCGAUAUGUAGUGUUUUGGGUGGGUGUGGCAUGGAUACUGCCUUUUUUAACUGUAUUUACGGCUCUGGCUUUCAGCCUUUUUGAGUCAGGUGGAUACUGCGUCUUCUCCCUAUCCGCAAGCUUAAAACAUAGCCGUAUGAAACCAUGAAAAAGGUUCGAAGCAUAGAUUUUCUUAUGUCAUUGUUUCCUUAAAACUUUCAAUUCAGUAAGUUGUUCAAAGCCAAUAUCAAGAAACAUACGAAAUAUUUACGAGAUUAAAAAGUGUCACUAAUCACAUAUACAUAAUAAUUAGUAACAAAAAAUGCAAUAAACAAUUCACCUAAGGAAUUUUUCAAUAAUAUAUCAAACUCAUAAAUUCACAUCACAAUAUGACUGAUGUCACAAGUAUGAAAUGAAGUCAAUUAUUUUCAACACAUUUUGUUGUCUCAUUCAGAUGUAACAUGAAUUUUUAUAAAUAUUUAUCGGUAAGUAUCGAUUGCAUCACAUCACCAUUAUUAAAGAGUCCUUAAAAACAGACAACACACGAAACGACAUUUCGGUCUUCGGGAUGAAAAAAUUGACUAUAGUUUUUUUAUAAUUGAUCCAGUUUAAGAUUAUUUAGCAGUUGCGUUAUUGUUGCUCCGGAUUAACGAUACAAUAUGUUCGCUCCACCAUCAUCCUCCACCACCAUCCAUCGGAAUUGAAACACACUGAUAGGUACUUUUUAUUGAAGCAAUAAAUUGUUUAAACGAAUAUUAUGUGUGUAAGAAAUACAAACAGGAACAGAUGUAAUUAUAUUUUGUAGACAAAUAUAGUUUUAUUUUGUUAAUCACAUUUAAUUUGUAAGAAAUAUUAGUUAGUUUACUCUUAUUUUGUGAUAUGCUUACUUUCGUGAUAUAAAAUUUUAAAGAAUAUAAUUUUUUAAUUUAUUUACUUACUUUAUAUUGUUAUUGAAAAGUGCUAAGUUAUUGCGUUUCUAAUGAACACACAUUCCGACUUGUCUUUAUUACCUAAUAAUAGUAUUACUGUAUAAAAUAAUAUAUUAUCGUGUAUAAGCUGUUGUAUGUCAACCGCGACAAAAAGAGAUCGUAUGGAUGUACUCAAAAUUUACAGUUAUUAUUUGCUUAGUAUAUUUGAGUAGAUUUGUGUGGCUAAUUCUGUUGUAGACAAUCUCUAAACUAAAUUAAAAUGACAGCUCUAAAUAUUCCUAUCAUAAAUUCCUUUCAUAAUGCUUGGUGCAAAUAAGGAUAGAAUUACUUUUAGACCUUUCAAAUUAGUUUAGAGAUUUUGUGCGACAGAAUUAGUCACAAUAUUAUGUGGUGUAAUUAAUAUAGCUAUUUAGACAUAAUUAAUGGAAGAUAUUUUAUAAUGUUGCCUUAAUAGUUGCUAGUCAAAAUUUAUUCAUAAGUACACUGAUAUUUUGACAUUUAAGUGUGUCAAUAUUAUCAU